AUUAACUGCAACAAAUUUUCUGCUUAUUACUGUUUGUAAUGUAAUGUGAAAAGAAAUAAGCAAGUGUGUGUUUUACUCAUUACAUAAACUGCUACUCUUGUGGGAUAUUGCACGGUGGGUAGGGUCGGGGGUGAAUCUGUAGAAAAUAUAUAUAUCAAAGUUGACGAGGGUCAUGUACGUAAUUAAAUGCAACAGAAAACAUCAAUUGAAAUUAUGAAAAUGCGCUAAUAGAUAAAUUGAUUCUGAAUUCUGUAGAGUACUGAGAACAAGACAUAGGAAGAACGCUAUACCACGAACUGCACAUAGUGUGUAUAUGUACUUGACGUCAGCCUUCCGUACCGUCUGCGGCCAAUCUGCGUUAUACCAUUUGUAUAAGGGAUCACUGGGCAGUCAGAAUAAGGUCAUUGCGAAAUUAUCUACGACCAGCACUACAAUAUGUCGAUCGACUGACCAGACAGUGGUAGAAACAUAGUUACGUCACAACAUACAUUACUAGCACGUGGUAGUAGCGCACUGCAUGGUCUGGCUUGAAAGGACUUUUGGACAUUAUUACCAAACUGUGUACAACAAGACUCAUCGUUUACAAAUUGUUGUUUAUUAUUUUUACAGAAAUUGUUAUUUCUGAGGCUGCUUGCAGGAUAACAAAACAAUUAAAGCUAACACCGCCCAAGAAUAAAGACGAAACAUUUUGGAGCUUAACAUAAUAUCUUCCCCAACGAGCAGCACCAAAUGACGACCUUAGCAACCAAGUAUGGACGUGUAAAUAAUGCACGACCAACGCUGUCACUGCACCCAUGGUACAUCCAUGGUAAACAUUGCGACACGCACUUACAUUUCUCCAGUCGAGACAGUCGUGUGCGCACUCUCAGGCUUUUCGGGUUCAAUCAUCUAUUGCUGCCAUGGCAGAAGAAGAAAAUGUAAAGGUUGCUGUUCGUGUGAGACCAUUCAACAGCCGUGAGACAGGCCGAAAUGCUAAACUUAUUGUUGAUAUGACUGGCUCAACAACCAGCAUCACUGAUCCAAAUAACCCCAGUGACGUCAGGAAGUUCACUUUUGACUACAGUUACUGGUCUCAUGAUGGUUGCAAAGCAGAUGGCAGUGGAUAUUUUGCUGCUGAUUCCUCCCACCCUAAUGGUAAAAAGUAUAGCGACCAGAAACGUGUGUACAACGAUUUGGGUGCAGGAAUUCUCACCAAUGCAUGGAAUGGCUAUAACUCUACAUUAUUUGCUUAUGGGCAAACUGGAUCAGGAAAAAGCUGGUCAAUUGUUGGCUAUGGAGUCAACAAAGGUGUUGUACCUCUCUUCUGUGAAGCUAUCUUUAAAGGCAUUGAUGAAAAGAAAAAAUCUGGUGAUAAAACAGAAUUUGAGGUGAGCUUUAGCAUGCUCGAGAUCUACAAUGAGCAAGUCCGUGAUCUUUUAGAUGCCAAAGGGGGUUCUGUGAAAGGUGGUUUGAAGAUCAGACAGCAUCCAAAGAGUGGUUUCUAUGCUGAGGGGCUGAUGGUAGUUCCAGUUGUUAGCUAUCAGGACAUUGAGAAGAGAAUGGAAGAGGGGACAACUAAUCGCACCGUAGCUGCUACCAAUAUGAAUGCCACUAGCAGCCGUGCCCACACCAUUGUUGGCAUCACUUUUGUGCAGAAAUUUAAGAAUGCAGCUGGAGAGGAGACCACAAAAACUGCUGUCAUCAACCUCGUUGAUCUAGCUGGCAGUGAGCGUGCAGAAAGUACAGGGGCCACAGGAGACCGGCUGAAAGAAGGAGCAGCUAUCAACCAGUCUCUUUCUUGCCUUGGCAACUGUAUUUCUGCUUUGGCUGAAAAUUCAGCUGGCAAGAAUGUCAAAGUGCCUUUCCGUGACUCCUCCCUAACAAAGCUGCUAAAAAAUGCUCUUGGCGGGAACAGUAAAACCAUCAUGGUUGCUGCACUUAGUCCAGCAGAUAUCAAUUAUGAGGAAACCUUAUCAACACUAAGAUAUGCUGAUCGAGCCAAACAGAUCAAAACAAAGGCAUCAGUAAAUGAAGAUCCUACGGAAAAGCUCAUCCGGGAUUUACAGGAAGAAAAUGAAAAACUAAAAGCCAUGCUUGGUGGCCAAACCAAGAUGGAGGUGAUGAAAGGGGAUGCUGAUGAUCUUGAUGAGGCUGAACUAGCCAAGCUGAAAUCAGAGCUUGAAGAUGAGUACAAGAGUCGGGUGGAAAAGAAUCAGAAGCAGAUGGAAGAGAUGCAGAAAACAUUUGAAGAACGACUGAAAGAAGCUCAACUUUCUGGGGGAACGUCUCCAACUAGUCAAAUUUCCGAGAAGAGAAAAACUACUCCACACAUGUACAACCUGAACAUGGAUCAAAUGUUGUGUGGUCAUAUUGUCCACUUUUUUGAAGCCCCAGAGACAACUAUUGGCAAUGGGCGAGAAGAGAGUACAGAAUUAGUAUUGAAAGGACCUGGAAUUGCUGGGCGUCAUGCAGAGGUCAGAAAAGAAGGAAGUGGUUUUACCCUUGAACCUCUGGAGCAGAACACUCGUCUGACCCUCAACGGGAAGGCAGUUGUUGCUAAGACACCUCUAAAACAUAAUGACAGAAUUGUGUUUGGGACCACACAGUACUUUGUUUUCUGCAAUCCCAAGGAGAGGGAUGCAUCCAAAACACCAUACCCUGAAGUCACAUUUGAAAUGGCACAGCAGGAAAUUGCUAAGCGUUCAGGAUUUGAUACCAGCUUAGAAAACAAAUCGAGAGAUGAAUCCCUUCUGCAAGAGGAUAUUGUGGAACUAAUGCCGGCUGUCGAGCAAGCAAACUCCAUUUCAGAAGAGCUCGAUAAAAAGAUGAAGUUUGAGAUGAUGAUAGUCUCACCUGAAGCCAGAGGAGAGCUGAAGGGGCGGACAGAGGUGAUGGUUCGUGUCAUAAACUUGGAGACAAAACAUGAGUGGGUCUGGUCUCGGCAAAAGUUCCUGAAUCGUAAAUAUAUCAUGCAGGAAAUGUUUCAAAACUUCCAGGAAAAGGAAUCAUGGGAUCUGCCUCCAGAAAAAGAUCCUUUCCUUGAUGACAUUGAAGAAGAGCACCACAUUGGCAGUGCAAAGUUGUGGCUGAAGCCUCUGAGUUAUAUGAUAGAGACAAAAGAGCAGCUGGAGAUUGCCAACUUCAGUGGGCAAGAAGUAGGGUUAUUAAAUGUGGAAGCAAUUCCUUGUGACUCUAAGGGGAAAGAGUUCACAGACAGUGAUGACAAGUUUAUUGAGGACCCAGAAGCACUCCGAGGUCAGAGCAUCUCCUUUGUGGUAAAGAUUGUCAGUGCGCGGGGUCUGCCUAAUCGAUUCACAAUGAAGGAAUACACCAAAACAAACAAAAUCAAGGACACAUCAAAUCCUGAUUGGAAUUUCAAGAAAGUCUUCACUAUGAAGCAACUGGAUGAUGUGGCCUUGGAUUAUCUUAGAGAUGGAGCCAUCAUGAUUCAGAUUUGGGGUCGGCAGAAACCAAUCAAAGCAAAAAAGACAGUCAACACUCGUUUGGCAAAUCUGGCUGCUGCUCGCACUAAAGGCGAGACUCCAGCUGCCAACACCAAUGUUAAGAUGUUUGAUGCAGUGAAGAUAAAGUUAAUAAUGGAGACAACUGUCCUGAAAAAGAGACAGGAGAAAUUAGAGACAAAGCUGCGACACUUGAAGCAGAUGUUAGAGGUUGCUGAAGAACACAAGAAGAGGAAGAUUUCUACAAAGCUCAUCAAGGACAUCUAUAAUGCCUCCACUGAGGAUGCAGCUCAAAAGUGCAUCAAGAUGAUACCAAUGGAGAAAGAUGAUGAAGACUCCUCCUCAAGUGAAGAUGAGACCAAAAAACCAAAAAAGGAUAAAAAAGCAUCACCAAAAAUCAAGCGCAAAUCUUCUAAAUCAUCUGUACAUUCAAAUGAUAAAGAGCACAAGAAGGAGCAGUCCCAAUCACCAUCGCCAAGUAAAACACAGAAAAAUUCAGAAAAAAGGCAGAUGACAAAUCAGACAAAAAAUCAUCUGCAUGUAUACUUCUAUAGGCCAUUCAUUUUAUACUUAUAAAGACACCAUACAUCCUUUUGUUUUGCAUAUAUUUCUUUAAAGUUAAUAAGAGUAAAUCAUUUGAGGAAUAUUUUGUGUGUGUAGCUUGAGACAUUUUUACUUUUAUUUGUUUGGAAAGAAAUUUUUAAUUUUUAUUUACAGUAUUUUAAAUACCCUAUACAGGUAUUUUGCUCAGUUUGGUCACAGGAUCAUUGUUGGCAUCUGAUACUCAAGCAGCUGAAGUAACAGGUUUUUAUAUUCUGUAUUCUGCAUUAUAUGCUAUAAUUCAUGUGACAGACUAAAGACAAUGUGAUCAGACUUACUGGGGAAUUUUCUAUGUGCCUUUCUUACAUUUUAAUUUACAUUACAAGACAGUUAUGAAAUAAAUUAUUAACUUUUAAAUUUUAGUAUAAAUCUGCACAUGUGGCAGGGUCAAACACUGCAUAAUAGUUUUGUGAUUUAUAAUGUUUAUCACAAACUGUACAGUUACUGUUAUAUAAUUUAUGCCUGCAAUACACAGGUCAGUUUACAGCUUUAUUUCACCAUUUCUUUUUUUGCGUUGGAAGCAAAUUUUUCCUAGUUGUGGCAGUGGAUACAUCUGAGUUAAAAAUGCCUUGUAUGGUAAAGAUUAAAAAGAAAGCCUGAUGCUUUCAUCAGUUUAUGAUUUAAUGGGUAAACCUUUUUUAUUGCUUUGGGAAUACUAAUAUUUGGUCACCUUUGCUCAAGUUCUUUAAGGAAUAGCACUUAAAAAAAAUCUGUUGAUAUUAAUAUUAAUGUGAAUUUUUUGAGUUUUUGUUUUGUUUCAAAUUCUGCUCAAUCCAUGUCAUUAUCAGCAAUGUCAUUUCUCUUACUGAAAAGUAAAAUUGUAUAUAUUUCUAUGUUUAUAUAUUUAUAUUCAAACGAUAUAUAAUGAAUCAUUAUUUUGUCCAUGGAAAGAUGAAAUGUGUGUUGCCUACUUGAAUGAACAAUUUUAAAUUUUAAGGUCAUAUUCAUAUGCAAUAUUUAUGGUCUAUGCAGGGAGCUUUUGCAUAAUAAAUCUCUGUGUUAAAUACUCUCUCUUAUACUGUAGUUUUAACAGGAAAAUUAGUACAUCAUUCUUAAAAAUAGAUAACUAAUUUAUUGAAACUUAAUUUUUUUAGAAAUGUAAUCAGAUAUACUAUAGAAAAUAAACUUUACAAAGAGUUAUUUAUAUACAGAGAUUUUUAAUUGCAUCAAUUAUUUGUCACAGAAGUGAAAAAGACUUGCUUGCAACUACUACCUGGAAUUAUUAAUAGUACACUUAGGAGAGAACUUGCAUUAUUCAUAUUUGAUCAGAACACAUACUCUUUUAAGUCCCCAAAUCUAAUAGUAUCUUUCAUUUCAAUUAUAUGAUUAAAAGAAGGCAAACAAGUACUUAUAUUUUAAUAACAGCUUAUAAUUUUGUUUAAGUCAUGUCUUUAAGUAUUAAGUGGAAUGUAAUUUAGUCCAUAUUGUUAGUUUUAUCAUUUAUAAUGUUAUUUCACAUUAACCAUAAACAGUUUGGAAUGUUUCAGUCUUUUAGUAAAAUCUUUUGGCUAGCUAAUUUUCAGCAUCCUAACAAUGAAGACCAAUGAAGCACCAAGCUUAGGCCAAUCUGGUGUGUUAGGUGGGUUUUUACAUGUCACUUUUGUUUCUAAUGAAGUGUCACAGAUUUUUUUACAGCACUUUUGUCAUUGUGCAUUACCCAGCUGUGCGUUGCAUGGCAGUCAGCAUCUUUACAAAUUGUAAAUAAUACAAUACAUUCCAUUGUACAAACUCUAAUGUAAAGAUUAAUUUAAAAAGCUAUUAUAAUUAAAUAGUUUCUUUGUCAACUCCAUAAGACACCUCAGUAAAAUUAUGGAUUCUGCACAUCUUUAGGGACAUAACACCUCUUAAACACUGUUGACAUAACACUUUGUAUCAUAUGAAUUGAAAAGUAAAUCUGGCAGCAUGAAGUGUUAUUAAUAAAUCUGUGUUUAGUCUUUGUUUUAGUUAGUAAGUCAUGCCCGCUUAGUAGAAAAGUCAUUAUGUAUUGCUUAUAUGUUUCUUUUUAAGUAGUAGGUCAGCUAAACAACAAACACUGCCAAUAACCAGUUCAAGGGAAAAAUAGAGACAUGGUUCAAAGCUCAUGUCUGCUGAUACUUUUAAUAAUUAUCUCUAUUUAGACAAGAAUCUAUAAAAACUGCUGAGCAAAUUCCAAGCUUAUUUGAGGUUGCAAGUAAAAUACCAGAUACUUCACAGUGCAAGAUAAGCAUUUUGCAGUCACCUCUUUUGGCGUAUAUGAUUAAUGAUUGAAAACCAGUUAUCCAGAUGUUUGAUAUAAUGAAUUGCAGACUAAACUGUUUGGUAUUUAUGAGUGCUCGCAUGCAUGCAUGCGGGUACACAUACAUACACAGAGACCCACAUUACAAUCAUUGCAGACACAGCUUUGUUCCAUAUCUCCCCUAUGUCUGGAUUGAUUUCAAAGCAAGGCUGUGAUAUAGUGUAAAUAAAUAUUUCAAUACUUUUUUCCAGGUUACAUUUUUUAAGUCUUUGAUCAUGAAAUUUUUUCUGCAUUUUGGAUUUCUUUGUGUUGCAGCUUUUUUUAUGUAUCAUUAGUUUUAAUUGAGAGCACCAUGGCAGAUAUGUGGGGGAAGUUUUGAUAUUUUGCUAAAUAAACAAAUACAAGAACAUGAAGACUUAUAGAAGCAUAAAGUAAAAAAAAAAAAAAAGUUAAAUAUAUGUCAACAUUUUUUUCUUGCAUGCACUGUUUUUGUGAUGUGGUUUCUCAGUUUCUUGAAAUCUCAGAUAAUAAAAUAACAAUAAACAUGAAUAAUGUUUGCAAUGUUCAGUGUUACCUAUUCAUGAUUGAUAGCUCUUUAGGCAAAUUCUUUCUUUAUUGCAUUGUGUUACCACCCACUGCCUAUUUUACAUGAUUCUCCCACUUCUGUUUUUUUUUUAAUCAAACUCCCUGAAAUAACAGUAGACAAGGAAUGUGUUUUAAUUUUCAUGUUCAGUCUCAGGACACACAGAGGAACAGGAAAGAAAUUGUCUUCCAGUUUUUUCUGUUGAUUCUGAGAAGCACAAAUAUGUCUGGCUAGCUGUUACUGCUGUAAAUAAGACAUCUUUGACUCUACAGUUUAAUCACAGAUGUGCUUAAUUGAUGCAAUCAUGAACUUGUAUUACCCGUCCGUUAUGCAAUACCAUAAUUAGAUGUGUGAUUCCAUAUUUUGAAUGUGAUUUUGUGAAGAUUUAAGAUUUCAUCAUAACCAGAAAGUGCAAAUUUUAAACUUUUGUGUAGAUGUUUGAAAUUUUAAACUGCUGUACAUGCAACUGAACCUUUCUUUAUGAGUUUUCUCAUGUAGAAGUAAUUGAACUUACCAAAGAUUGAUGUUCACGGUUAGCAUUUACAGUAAUCAUUUUGUUCUGUUUUCUUUUUUGCUGUUAUUUGGUAGUUUGGAUUCACGACUGUUUAAAGAUUAGAAUAUAGUUAAUCAUUCAAGCAGUGAACCAUGUGUGUGUGUGUAUACAUGUGUAAGAGAGAGAUCACUUAUAUAUACAUAUCAAUCUCGAUGUAUUGAUCUCAGAGUGCUAUACCAGGAUUACCUGAUCAAGAUGGCAUGCUUCAAAUCUAAGCACUUAUAUUCUUUAAUUUAGAUUUUUUAUCUUUCAACCUUACGUCCUUUUCAUACUGUACACCUUGUUUACUAACCAUUCGAUUUGUUGUAAAUUUUUUUAGAUCAGUUAAAAAAAUCACACCUGUACACUGCACCUGCACGUACAGACAUUCAAACCAUCGAGAAAACACUUACCCAAGAAUAUCAACCACAUAGAUGGGCUUAAAAAUAUUGUUUACUGAAUAGUUUCUUGGAACUAGAUAACAUUCUAUGCAGAUUGGAAAUGUCACCUUUGUCACAACUAUGAUGCCUCAGACUUCAUAAACUACUUUUGUUAUCAUAUAUGCUGUGUUAAGUGCGGUAAAGAAUAGCUAUGUUGGCACAUUUGUUAUUUUUCAAUCACUAUGAACAAAUAUAUAACACUGGUGUGCGCUA